UCAUUUCAGGAAGAAGUGGAUCUAACGUUGUGCUACAGCUGCUGGCUCGCUCAUUGCUUUUAACGUUACAGCGUUAAUACAGAACAUUAUAACAUCUGGUUGUUAGCCAAAUCGCGUUUUCUAUGUAGUCAGCGGCCGUAUGGACCAGCUGUCGAUCCCGGUUUGAGACCAGAAAAUAUGGACUGGACAGUGACCAGGUUGUGGUGCAUUUUGGCGUUGCUUUGCUGCGCUGGUCUCCCACAAAAGGGGUUUUGCAGUGCCAGCACAGUUUCACUUCCUGAAAGCCUGCUCUUUGUGUCCACCCUGGAUGGAAACUUGCACGCUGUUAGCAAGAAGUCAGGUUCUAUCAAAUGGACUUUGAAAGAAGAUCCAGUUCUUCAAGUCCCUACACAUGUGGCAGAGCCAGCCUUUCUACCUGACCCCAACGAUGGCAGUCUGUACUCUCUGGGAGGAAAGAACAAUGAAGGCCUCACAAAAUUACCCUUCACUAUCCCUGAGUUGGUUCAAGCCUCUCCCUGUCGCAGCUCUGAUGGGGUCCUUUACAUGGGUAAGAAGCAGGACUUGUGGUAUGUCGUGGACCUGUUGACUGGUGAGAAACAGCAGACCCUGACCUCCUCUUUUGCCGAGAUGCUGUGUCCCUCUUCGUCUCUUCUCUAUUUGGGUCGCACAGAAUAUACCAUCACCAUGUACGACACCAAGAGCAGAGAACUGCGCUGGAAUGCCACCUAUUCUGACUACGCCUCCACCCUUCCUGAUGAUGACACCAAAUACAAGAUGGCUCAUUUUGUGUCAAAUGGUGACGGCCUAGUGGUGACGGUGGACAGCGAAUCAGGAGAUGUUCAGUGGGUGCAGAACUAUAACUCUCCAGUGGUGGCCAUGUAUAUCUGGCAGCGAGAGGGCCUCCGCAAAGUUCCCCACACUAAUGUGGCUGUGGAAACCCUGCGUUACCUCACUUUCAUGUCUGGAGAAGUUGGCCGCAUCACACAGUGGAAAUACCCAUUUCCUAAAGAGAAGAAGCCUAAAAACAAGUUCAUGGCCACUUUGUAUGUGGGUAAAUAUUCCACCAGCCUGUAUGCUUCUCCCUCCCUGGUGCAUGAUGGAGUCACUGUGGUGCCUCGUGGCAGCACCUUCCCCAUGCUGGAGGGCCCUGACAGUCAGGAGGCUGAGGAAGACAAGGAGUGUGUCAUCACACCCAGCACCAGCGUCAAGUUCAAUGCUGCGCUUCGGGAACGAAACCGUAUCAACUUCAUGAGGAACUACCUGCUCCUCAUAGGUCAUCACGAGACGCCCCCUGAAGCUCACACCAAGAUUCUGGAGAAGUUCCCUGACAACUUCCCUCGCAAUCAAGGCAACGUCAUCCCACCUACCACUGAGAAAAAAGUUGAAGAGAUGGUGAACGAUAGUGGUAUGGACGAUGGCCCCCCUUCUUCUCUGUCUGAGACAUCUAUUGAAGAACCUGGCACCAGUGGUCGCACUAUGCGUCCAGAGGCUCCUGUGGACACAAUGCUCAAAGAUAUGGCCACCAUCAUCUUUUCCACUUUCCUCCUGGCUGGCUGGGUGGCCUUUGUGAUCACCUACCCCAAAAGUGUCCACAAGCAGCAGCAGCUGCAGCACCAGGAGUUCCAGAGGCAGAUGGAGGAGAGGUUAGAGCUGCUCCAGAGACAGCAGCCUUUCCCUAAUGCAGAUGUGGGCCUAGGCUUGGUCCCAGACAGCGACUAUCUAGAAGUGGCCCGCAUUCGUUCAGAAAGCUCAGACCACAGCAGCCCCAACGUCACCCCCCGUGCCUCCAACCACUCAAACCUGUCCGUGACUGAGCUGGGAAGCUCUGCCAAUGAGCACGAUGAUGGAGAGGAGGAUCCUAAUAUGGUCAGAGUGGGCAACAUAACUUUCCGUCCCAAAGAGGUCUUGGGUCAUGGCGCUGAGGGCACCAUUGUGUACAAGGGGCAGUUUGACAACCGUCCAGUGGCAGUGAAGAGAAUUCUCCCAGAGUGCUUCAGCUUUGCAGACCGGGAAGUCCAGCUGCUGAGGGAGUCAGACGAGCACCCAAAUGUUAUCCGCUACUUCUGCACCGAGAGGGACCGUCAGUUCCAGUACAUUGCCAUUGAGCUCUGUGCUGCCUCACUUCAGGAGUAUGUGGAGAGGAAGGAUUUUGACCGUCAUGGACUGGAACCAGUUAUGCUUCUUCACCAGACCAUGUUGGGACUGGUUCAUCUGCACUCUCUCAACAUAGUUCACAGAGACCUGAAACCCCACAAUAUCCUGGUCUCUAUGCCCAAUGCUCACGGUCGGGUCCGGGCCAUGAUCUCAGACUUUGGCUUGUGCAAGAAGCUAGCAGUUGGCCGCCACAGUUUCAGUCGAAGGUCUGGGGUGCCGGGCACUGAGGGCUGGAUCGCCCCUGAGGUUCUCAGUGAGGACUGCAAAGACAACCCGACCUGUGCUGUUGAUAUCUUCUCUGGUGGUUGUGUGUUCUACUAUGUGGUGUCGCAAGGAAGUCACCCUUUUGGCAAGUCUCUGCAGAGGCAAGCAAACAUCCUGCUGGGCACAUACAGCCUUGACCAUCUGCAAACUGAUAAACAUGGGGACAUUGUAGCCAGAGAUCUAAUAGAGCAAAUGUUGAGCAUGGAGCCGUGUAAGAGGCCUUCAGCUGAGAGUGUUCUCAAGCACCCUUUCUUCUGGAGCUUGGAGAAGGAGCUCCAGUUCUUUCAGGAUGUGAGCGAUAGAAUAGAAAAGGAACCGCUGGACGGACCAAUCGUGAGACAGCUGGAGAGAGGAGGGAGGGCUGUUGUCAAGGGUGACUGGAGAGAGCAUAUCACAGUGCCACUGCAGACAGAUUUGCGGAAAUUUCGCUCCUAUAAGGGUGGGUCAGUCAGAGACCUGCUGCGUGCAAUGAGAAAUAAGAAACACCAUUACCGAGAGUUGCCUGCUGAGGUACAGGAGACUCUGGGCUCCAUCCCUGAUGACUUUGUCUCGUACUUCACCUCCCGCUUCCCCCACCUGCUGCUCCACACCUACCUGGCCAUGCGGACCUGCGCAUCUGAGAGACCAUUCCUGCCUUAUUACUCCACUGCAGAGCAGCUUGCAAAAACACAGAGUCAGUCUACAUAUCUCGGGCCACAAAGACAAAAUGAAACACACUCUCAACAGAUGCCAACACACACAUCAUCAUCCAACUCACAAUCCCAGGAACUUACACAUUCUCCACAGCCUAUGCAGGUCUCUCACACAACACCUGCUGAAUCAGUGCCCUCUACAUCACCAGAUGAGCCUGUAUCGUCACGGUUGGCCGUUCAGACAAUGCAGCCAGCACUGGCCACACAGACUGACUUACACAGUCAAAACAUGAACCCCAAACUUGCCUCAGAAUCAUCUACAGAUCCUCUCAGGCAAAGAGAAUCCGAUCUGUCUGAGAUGCACACACUGCCAGAUCCUUCUGCACCAGACGAUGAGCCAGUGUGAACUGGACCAGAGUCAGGUGGACCCAGCACAGAUGGGAGCAUUGCCUUUGAGAGUGGACAUCAAGUGGGACAGUUGCUGUGCUUUGAGCUGGUGAAGACCAGGCCUGCAGUGCCUGGGAUCCACCAACAGACGCAGCAGCUGCACCCUUAAUUAAGUGCCUUCUGCCCACCUGGGUUAAAAUGCUUUCCAGCAGAUCCGUCCACAAGAGUGUCUCUGCCUCAAGGAAGUCAGAUAACCAACAGGAUGUUGUUGGAUAUUAUCUUGUAGCUGGACUGUAGCAAAAACACAAAGUUUGGUUUUAUUUUAUAAAAGCAUGUCCAAAAAAGUGUUUGCCCCAAAAAUAUUUGGCCUCUGUAGAGGGAAACAUGUCUGGAUGUCGUCGAACACUUGGGUAGUUUUAUUGUGCAAUGUUGUAUUUCUCAGUGAGCCUGCACCGAUACUGUAUGUAUAUUUUUGUACAGACUGAUUCUGAAUUUGGAUCAUGGAGGAUUAAUCAUUUAAUGUGGCCAAUGUGCCUUUUAAAAAAAUAUAUAACUGUGCUGUAUGGGUACAGAUCUUUAAAAUUGACUAUGCUAAAUGUGCUUGAUUCCAGUUAAUGCUGCUAAACUGCUUCUCUUUUGUCAAUCAAGACUAUUGUGCUGACCCGGUAAGAGCGGACUGUUCCAAAGGUUGUUCAGCGUGACAUCUAAAUACAGUAGAUUGUUUUAUUCUCAUGUGAUUAUGUAGUCAAAGAUGCAGGAUGCAGACCUUUCAUGUAUGCUAACUUUUCAAGGGUGUCAAAGUGAAGUUAAUGGCUUGCACAUUAAAUUCUAUUUUUUUUUUUUUUUUUUAAAUACCAA